GACCGGAACGAAGUCACCAGCUUCUACCUCCGCUGCGCGGCGAAGACCAUCUGUCGGAUGCAGCGGAAUGUUAGCUAUUUGGUACGCGACCUUCGGCAAGGCAAGCUUUGGCAAAGCGACGACGACGGGUCCAGCCGCGUGCCUCCCAUCUUAGACCUCCCGCUCCUGGCGAUCAUGGGGCUUUUCUCCAUGCUGGUCAAUCCGCUGACAGCCUUUGCCAUCUACUUGUUUCCCUUCACCGAAGGUAUCGACCUCUUCGAGGGGUUUGGGAUGAAGGCUGCCUUCUGCGUGCCCGACCAUGAGUUGGCUAUACCGAUCUUCAGCAUCUGGGGACCAUCGUCGGCCUCAUUGACCUUCCUGAUCAUUUGCGUCCUUUCCGGCUUUGCUUUGUGGCUGUUCUCUGCAUUCCGAGUCUGCAACGUCUGGAGGCAUCCCGCUGGAGAGGUGCCUCGGCUUGCCCAGAUCAUGCUCAGCCUUCGGGCUGUUAUCGUCCGCGCAUCCGUGAUUCAGAUGGUGAUCUGGGUGCUUAUCACAGGAGCCUUCCUUGCUGAGCUGGGCACCAUGCCUGCUAGCGAUCGCUUCAACGCAUGCUCGACGUACAUCCGAAGCCGAACUGUUUUUCAAGACGGCUCGGUCUUCUUCAACUGCACCUGCCGGGACUUGUACGCAGGGUAUCCCUGGUGGACUUCGUCAUACUUCGUCGAAGACUAUUUCACGCAGCCCGAGCAGCUGAUCAUCAACGCCACCAUGCCGGGUUUGCCUACGUGGAG